UGUCAAUGUCAUUAGUCAUUCACAUCGGUUUGGCUUUUUGGCGUUGGCAAAUUUUAAAACUAAACAUCUUUGUUUAAAUUUUUUUAAAACAUGAGUGCUGCCGCUGUCGUUCUUUUUGCGUGCUCUCGCUGUUUUGCUCGCCACCCCUUUGAAGAUUUAUCUCCAGGACAACAGCUUUGUAAAGAGUGCCGCGGGGCUUUUCCAGUAGUUAAAUGCACUUAUUGUCGUUCGGAGUUUCAACAGACCUCCAAGGGAAAUACUAGUACAAUUUGUAAAAAGUGCGAACAGAACGUUAAAUCUUACGGAAAACCAACUGCUUGCGAGUAUUGCAACAUCAUAGCUGCGUUCAUUGGAAAUAAAUGUCAAAGGUGCACAAAUUCAGAAAUUAAAUAUGGGCCCCCAGUCAACUGUGAACAGUGCAAGCAAAAGUGUGCUUUCGAUAGGCAUGAUGACGAUAAAAAGGUUGAUGGCAAGCUUUUAUGUUGGUUAUGUACCCUUUCAUAUAAAAGGGCGUUAGCUAAAACAAAGCAAGGAGAUGCUGAAAGAAGGCACCUAAAAAUGGCCCAGUUACACAAGAAGCAUAAAGAUAAGCCUCGAAGCCAUAACAAACGGCCGAAUCGUCCAGAUGUUACAAAAAUACCGCCACCAGAAGAUGUGCCUCCAAUCAAAAUAGCCCGCAACAAUUCUGGCGGACCAGGAAGAGGGGACCUUGAUCCAAAUAGUUCAGAUCAUGUAGUCGCGAUGACACAACUAAAAGAGCAAAUUGCCAGCCUCCAAAAACAGUUGUCCCAGAAGAAUUCGGAGCUACUCAACAAAGAUAAAAUGAUAACUGAAUUGAAAGCCACAAACUUCACAACUGAAAAUGAGCUGAGAUCAAGAUUACAAAAAAAUCAAAAAGAACAUGAAGAUAAAGUAGAUGGCUUGAAUACCAAAAUACAGAAUUAUCUCAAAGAGAUUGCUAGCCUGUCUAAGUCCGCCAAAAAAGGAAACAAAAACGCCUCAUUGGCAGUCAAUAACGCUACUGCUGACAACAGCAGUGGAACGGACAGUCCGAGUAUACAAUAAUUUGUAUGCGAAACCCCAUGUUGAUAAUUUAAUUGAUAUCAGUUUGGAGAAAAUGUCCAAUUUUUAAAUUGUGAUGCGAUGAAUGUACUUCUUGAUGGGAGUGACAAAUUAAACUAGAACUUUUGGUAUGUAACAUUGUUUUCAUAUACUUGUAACAUAAUAAACCAAAAAAGUUUUUGAUGCCCAACCAUCUUAUGGAACAUUCUUUUACCUAUAAUUUAUUUAUUUUGACAAAACUAUUUUUGUAAAUCAAUUGUGUCUAUUUUAGUUUUUGUAAUGUAAGGUGUUAAUAAAUAAAAACCAAAUAAAAAUA